UACUCCCCUUUCAUAUAUAAUUAUUCUCUCUCUCAUAUGGAGGCAAAUCUUGUUCUAUCUUACCAGAGCUUUUCAAAAGUAUCCAUGAGAAAAAUAAAUAUCAAGAAUACUGUGUACAAUAAAUUAGCAAAGACACCUCACAAUCAUCAUGGUAGUAAUUAUCAUGUUUAUAAAGAUAAUUUGUUUGAUCAUCUUGCCAUCAAUCAUCUCUCUCAAAGUAUACAGGCUACCACAGGAUUAAGAAACAAGAAGAGUGGCUAUGAAGGCUUUGUGGAGGCUGCAAGGGUGGUGUAUGUGAACUUUAAUUCCACACAUCAAGUAAAUCUUGUUAUUGAAUCUCUUCAAAGAGCAUUCCCUAAGCCUAUUCUUUCCCUGGUGAAAAUGCUACUACCGGAAUCUAAGUGGGCGAGAGAGUAUUGCGCUAUUUUCACCACAUUCUUCUUCGCUUGGCUAGUGGGACCUUGUGAGGUGAAAGAGUCAGAGUUUAACGGCAGAAAAGAGAACAAUGUGGUCCACAUAAAAAAAUGCAGGUUUUUGGAGGAAACCAAUUGUGUGGGAAUGUGCACUAAUUUAUGCAAGACACCUUCUCAAGUUUUCAUCAAAGAUACAUUAGGAAUGUCAGUGAACAUGGUGCCAAACUUUGAUGAUAUGAGCUGUGAAAUGAUAUUUGGUCAGGAUCCUCCUCCACCAGAUACAGAUCCAGCAUUUAUGCAGCCUUGCUACAAACUAUGCAAAUUAAGCAAUAAACACCAAACGGAUUGCAACAGCCAAAUGAAGAAGAAAGAUCAUGUGGAGAUUUCAUAAUGACUCGUGUUCAUAUAUCAUUUCAAUUUAUUAUCAUUUUGAAAAUGAAAUACUUAACAUUAUAAGUAUAUGUCUAAGGCAUUGGUAAUUGAAAGAGGUGUAAAUUCACAGGAAUUGAUUUGCAUAAAUCUGAUGUAUAAGAAUGCUAACAGAUAAAUUUCUAAAU